AGAGCGCGGCGGAGCGGAGCGAAGCGCCAGGCAGUCCCGAGCAGAGGCCGGGCCCGCAGCCGCCCCGCCUCCCGGCGCGCAGAGCCCCGACGGCCGCACCGCGGACUCCUCCCGUCCGCGAGGACACGCGCAUGGCUUCCUGGGGGAGGCUCUGAGUGCGGGGUCGCGGCGCCGCAGGCGGCACCAUGGCCCUGGAACAGGCGCUGCAGGCGGCGCGGCAGGGCGAGCUGGACGUGCUGCGGUCGCUACACGCCGCCGGCCUGCUGGGGCCCUCGCUGCGCGACCCGCUGGACGCGCUGCCCGUGCACCACGCGGCCCGCGCCGGGAAGCUGCACUGUCUGCGCUUCCUGGUGGAGGAGGCCGCCCUCCCCGCCGCGGCCCGCGCCCGCAACGGCGCCACCCCGGCCCACGACGCCGCCGCCACCGGCCACCUCGCCUGCUUGCAGUGGCUGCUGUCUCAGGGAGGCUGCAGAGUGCAGGACAAAGACAAUUCUGGUGCCACAGUCUUGCAUCUGGCUGCCCGCUUUGGCCACCCUGAGGUGGUGAACUGGCUGCUGCAUCAUGGCGGUGGGGACCCCACCGCAGCCACAGACAUGGGCGCCCUGCCUAUCCACUACGCUGCCGCCAAAGGAGACUUCCCCUCCCUGAGGCUUCUCAUCGGGCACUACCCUGAGGGAGUGAAAGCCCAAACCAAGAACGGUGCCACGCCCCUGUACCUGGCGUGCCAGGAGGGCCACCUGGAGGUGACGCAGUACCUGGUGCAGGAGUGUGGCGCGGACCCGCACGCGCGCGCCCACGAUGGCAUGACCCCGCUGCACGCCGCGGCGCAGAUGGGCCACAGCCCGGUCAUCGUGUGGCUGGUGAGCUGCACCGACGUGAGCCUGUCCGAGCAGGACAAAGACGGCGCCACCGCCAUGCACUUCGCGGCGAGCCGCGGCCACACCAAGGUGCUCAGCUGGCUGCUGCUGCACGGCGGGGAGAUCUCGGCCGACCUGUGGGGCGGGACCCCGCUGCACGACGCCGCCGAGAACGGGGAGCUGGAGUGCUGCCAGAUCCUGGUAGUGAACGGCGCGGAGCUGGACGUCCGCGACCGCGACGGGUACACGGCCGCCGACCUGUCGGACUUCAACGGCCACAGCCACUGCACUCGCUACCUGCGCACGGUGGAGAACCUGAGCGUGGAGCACCGUGUGCUGUCCCGGGAUCCCUCUGCUGAGCUGGAGGCAAAGCAGCUGGACUCCGGCAUGUCCUCACCCAACACCACCGUGUCGGUCCAGCCGCUGAACUUUGACCUCGGCUCACCCGCCAGCACCCUCUCCAACUACGACUCCUGCUCCUCCAGCCAUUCCAGCAUCCAAGGCCAGCGCCCUCCUCGCAGGCUUUCCAGCACCAGAGCUGCAGACAUACAGAGCUACAUGGACAUGCUGAACCCGGAGCUGGGUCUGCCUCGGGGCACAACUGGCAAACCCACACCCCCACCACCCCCACCCAGCUUCCCCCCGCCACCCCUGCCCCCAGGCACCCAACUGCCUCCACCCCCACCUGGCUACCCAGCUCCCAAGCCUCCUGUGGGACCACAGGCAGCUGACAUCUACAUGCAGACCAAGAACAAACUCCGCCACGUGGAGACAGAGGCCCUCAAGAAGGAGCCGAGCUCCUGCGACGGCCACGACGGGCUGCGGAGGCAGGACUCCAGCCGUAAGCCCCGCGCUUUCAGCAAGCAGCCCAGCACAGGGGACUACUACCGGCAGCUGGGCCCCGGCCCCGGGGAGACGCUGGCCGCACGCCCGGGCAUGGCGCACAGCGAGGAGGCGGCGUUGCUCCCCGGGAACCACGUUCCUAAUGGCUGCGCCGCGGACCCUAAGGCGUCCAGGGAGCUACCGCCGCCGCCCCCGCCGCCGCCGCCCCUGCCCGAGGCCGCGAGUUCACAGCCGCCCGCCCCACCUCUGCCCCUCGAGGGCGCUGGCCCUGGCUGCGGGCAGCGCCGCUCCUCCUCGUCCACCGGCAAAGUGAGAGUCCUGAGGCACAGGAAGAGCACCAAGUCUUUCAACAUGAUGUCCCCGACGGGCGACAACUCGGAGCUACUGGCUGAGAUUAAGGCAGGCAAGAGCCUGAAGCCGACGCCGCAGAGCAAGGGGCUGACCACAGUGUUCUCAGGCAGCGGGCAGCCGGCCUCCCAGGUAGGCAGGCCCGGCAGGAGCCUGCAACCCAGGUCCCCUGGCCCCAGGCCACUGGGCGCUCAGCCCCACCGCUUCUCCCUGCAGCCCGACUCGACACUGCCGCCUGUGUCACCUACGCCGUCACCAGCCCGGAGCCCCACACCGCCAGCUGCAGGUUUUCAGCCGCUGCUCAAUGGAAGCUUGGUUCCGGUGCCACCCGCUACCCCCGCACCCGGUGUGCAGCUGGACGUGGAGGCGCUCAUCCCUACCCACGAUGAGCAGGGCCGGCCCAUCCCCGAGUGGAAGCGCCAGGUGAUGGUGCGCAAGCUGCAGCUGAAGAUGCAGGAGGAAGAGGAGCAGAGGCGGAAGGAGGAGGAGGAGGAGGCCCGGCUGGCCAGCAUGCCUGCCUGGAGGCGGGACCUCCUGCGGAAGAAGCUGGAAGAGGAGAGGGAGCAGAAGCGGAAAGAAGAGGAGCGACAGAAGCAGGAGGAGAUGCAGCGGGAGAAGGAGCAGUCAGAGAAGCUGCGGACGCUGGGUUAUGAUGAGAGCAAGCUGGCACCCUGGCAGCGACAGGUCAUCCUGAAGAAGGGGGACAUCGCUAAGUACUAGAAGCCAGCCCUCUUGCCAGGGGCCCCCUGCCCCAACCCCAGCCAGCCAGGCCCCAGUGGAAGGGCUGGGAGCCUCACAGCCCUCCCCUCCCGCGCUGGAAACCCUCCCCGACCCCCCACCCUGGCCCCUGCAUCCCCAGCCCUUGGCGACACUGGAGUGCACCCACCGCCCCAGUCGCCCAGAAAAAGUGCCCAAGCUGCUGAUGCAAACAACAACAAAAAAAAUGCUGCUUAUUUGCAUGCGACUUACAUAUGUUUGCAUGUUCCUUGACUAUCAAAGAGUGCAGAGCUCUCCCCAGCCCCGUGGAUGGUUGACUCUGUUUUCCUGCGGGGCUCAGCCCCCUCCAGGAUGCAGCCCCCUCCCCCGCACCCCGGAACCGGUGUCGCAGGCGCAUCCUGGGUGGAGGCAGGCCCCGAGCUCGGGGAAGGGGUUUUCCCUCACUCCCUGACCCAGAUCUACGCCGGCCCAGCCAGGGCGUCAUUUCUAAUCCCCGCCGAGGGUUUCCUCUCAGUCAUUUGUUUACCAGAAACGACGAAAACUGCCUGUCUGCCGGGCCGCAGUUGCGGCUCCCAGGACCCCACUCUGCCCCACCUCCCUCAAGUCUGCGCCCAUCCUCAGCCAGGCCCCCUCCCUUCCCAGACCCUGUCACUGUCCCGGUAGAGUGAAUAGAGGAUGAGGGGCCCCAACCCUGUGUCUCCAGCUGCUGCACCCCACCCGACCCUGUCCCUGCCACCUCACAGCCCCAUUAAAGCACUCUCAUCCGCCCGGGGCUCCCGUGCACUCA